AUCACGAGUCGACCUGCUCUACCUGCUGAGCUACAGCCAUUCUGACCAUUGGCAUUAGCUUCGCUAACUGUACAAGCUAGCUCUGGCUUCACUCAGUAAAACACUGGCCUUUUGAAUUCAGCACAAUGUGCUCAAAGAAAUUUAGGGGGUGUCUGUUUUUCUGAAACUACUAUUAGCUUAAAUGUUCAAACCUCUACACUAACAAGUGUUGAACACAAGAUGUCUCUCUCAACCCUAUCCUCUUCUUGGAAUGGAUCAAAGCUUGAAGACUCCUCCUUCUUCUUCCUGCUCUCAAACACAGCGAGCUCCACUCUGUUUCCUCAUUCACUCCCCUUCAGAUUUACAGCUCGUGGAUGGGUGUGACCAACAUGCAGUGCAGUGCAGGAGCAGACAGGCACAAAUCACUGAAGCAACACAUGCUUUUCAGAUCAGAGCUCAAACUAGUUUCAGUUAUCAGGAAGUCAAAGUCAGACAGUCGUUUGCAUUAAGAGGUGAAAUGGCGCAGAAAGGAGUUCAGCUGGACCAGGAAACAUUUUCCUGUUCGAUCUGUCUGGAUGUACUGAAGGAUCCGGUGGUUAUUCCCUGUGGACACAGCUACUGCAUGAACUGUAUUAAAGAUCACUGGGACAGUGAAGAUGAGGAGAAUAUCCACAGCUGCCCUCAGUGUAGGCAGACCUUCACACCGAGGCCUGUCCUGGUUAAAAACACCAUGUUAGCAGUUUUAGUGGAGGAGCUGAAGAAGACUGAACUCCAAGCUGCUCCUGCUGAUCACUGCUAUGCUGUACCUGAAGAUGUGGCCAGUGAUUUCUGCAGUUGGAGAAAACUGAAAGUCCUCAAGUCCUGUCUGGUUGGUCUGGUCUCUCUGGUCUGUCUGGUCUGUCUGGCCUCUUACUGCGAGAAACACCUCCAGCCUCAUUAUGAAUCACCUAUGUUUGAACACCACAAGCUGGUGAAGCCCACUGAGAAGCUCCAGGAGAACAUUUGCUCUCAUCAUGAUGAGGUGAUGAAGUUGUUCUGCCGUACUGAUCAGCAGUCUAUCUGUUAUCUCUGCUCUGUGGAAGAACAUAAAGGCCACGACAUUGUGUCAGCUGCAGCAGAGAGGACUGAGAGGCAGAGAGAGCUGGAGGGGAGUCGACAAAACAUCCAGCAGAGAAUCCAGGACAGAGAGAAAGAUGUGAAGCUGCUUCAACAGGAGGUGGAGGCCAUCAAUGGCUCUGCUGAUAAAGCAGUGGAGCACAGUGAGAAGAUCUUCACCCAGCUGAUCCGUCUCAUGGAGAAAAGACGCUCUGAUGUGAAGCAGCAGGUCAGAUCCCAGCAGGAAACUGAAGUGAGUCGAGUCAAAGAGCUUCAGGAGAAGCUGGAGCAGGAGAUCACUGAGCUGAAGAGGAAAGACGCUGAGCUGAAGAAGCUCUCACACACAGAGGAUCACAACCAGUUUCUACACAACUACCCCUCACUGUCAGCACUCAGUGAGUCUACACACUCAUCCAGCAUCAAUAUUUCUCCUCUGAGAUACUUUGAGGAUGUGACAGCAGCUGUGUCAGAGGUCAGAGACAAACUACAGGACGUCCUGAGAGAGAUGUGGAGGAACAUCUUAGUGACAGUGACUGAUGUGGAUGUUUUACUGUCUCAACCAGAGCCCAAGACCAGAGCUGGAUUCUUAAAAUAUUCACGUGAAAUCACACUGGAUCCAAACACAGCAAACACAUAUCUGUUAUUAUCUGAGGGGAACAGAAAAGCAACAGCAAUGGAAGAUGAACAGUCUUAUUCUAAUCACCCAGACAGAUUCACUGACUUGGCUCAGGUCCUGAGUAGAGAGAGUCUGACUGGACGUUGUUACUGGGAGGUGGAGAGUCGAGGGGGAGCAGUUGGAGUAGCGGUCGCAUACAAGACUAUCGGCAGAUCAGGGAUGACGAGAGAAAGUUUAUUUGGAUUCAAUGACAAAUCUUGGUCAUUAUUUUGGAACAGUGACAGUUGUGAAUUUUGGUACAACAAUAUCGACACUCCCAUCUCAGGUCCUCAGUCCUCCAGAGUUGGAGUGUACCUGGAUCACAGUGCAGGUAUUCUGUCCUUCUACAGCGUCUCUGACACCAUGACUCUCCUCCACAGAGUCCAGACCACAUUCACUCAGCCGCUCUAUGCUGGACUUACUUUUUAUCAAGAAACCACUGCUGAGUUGUGUAAACUUAAGUAGACAGAAGUCUUUUGAGAGACAGUGGGUUAAAUUCUUUGUUUGAAUCCUUAAACUUAUUUUGUCUUCAUGUUUGUUACUGAGAGCUGAUUGUUGUUGCAUUACUUCACUGCACAGAGAUCACCUGUCAGUUGUUUUGAUGGAUUUGUAUGUUGUUGUUUGAGAGAAAGCAGCAGAGUUUCCUUCAUCGUAGAUAUUUUGUUGUCAUGUUCCUGUAAAUUCUUGAAAAAAAUCUAAAAUCAUUUUCACAUUCAUUUGUUUGGCAGACCAAAUGUUGUUGGUGGUGGUGUUGUCCAAACUUACAAAUUAGGGACUAAUAAGCUGUAAUUAUCAUGAUCAUAAUCAAUAAGCAGAUCUUUUAUUAGUUUCUUGCAUGUAACGGAGAUUCUGCUGAAACAAACUGACUGUGUGGAUGAAGUGAAUCUGUACAUGAAAUCACUGAACAAGAGUCAUUUAACAGACUUUACUGAUGGGAUGUGUGAACAAACUUAAGGUUUAUUAAAUUAAUAAACAAACAUAAUCAAAGUUUUUUCUAUGUGUCAUCAUUCCAGGAUAUCAUAAAAAGCUGAUGGAGAAAACAAAACAAGUCAAAUAUUUUAACUUCUACAACAAAUGGAAAAUGUGCAGCCUAGAUCAGCUCUAGUCGUAAAAUCACUGAAUGAAUAUCUGAUUAUUUACAUUUGGUUACAAGUUGUACAUACAAACUUAUGUUGUUUCACUAGAAGUCAAGAAAUCACACAAUUUUAACCUGCAGCUUCUCAUCUCACAUUCCCAAAUCCUUUUC